GACCCCAACAACUGUAAACUACCAAGUAAAACAGCGAGGACUAUCAACAAGCAACCGCUUUUAUUUCUAUUAUCAUUUUCUUACUGCUUUAUUCUUUUUGCGGUCGUCAACGUUCCCUAUUUUGCAACAGAGCUCGUUUCUUUCGUUUAACGCUCUCAGAUAUUUAUGAAUACGUAAUAUCCCGUACAAGAGACAGGUUCAUCGAUCGAGAACUGCUAUUUAAAGCGACUAAUCAUCACUUACACGCAUUAUCGUUAACAAAUGUAUUGAGUAAGGUUCGUUCAGUUUCUGUGCUCUGUUCCGUGUGGUCGCGGCCUGCGUAAGUGUUGGUACAGCCCGCGUGUCCUACCGCGGCGGCCUACUCGGCUCCGCCUGCAUCAGCAUUGACAUAGAGAAAGGGCCCGUCGUGUUCUCCUUGUUAUGCAAGCGACGUUGUGACUGUACGUGUUCGUAUGACUCUGACUCUGCAGCGUUCAGCAUGGCCGUGUUGGUGGCACCUGAGCACAAGGAUCUGCCCCAUUUGCUUAUCGUGUGUGAGGGUCUCUGUCCUAUAGUAGUGAUCUUUUGCGGAAUUACGGCUGCUGCUCUGAGCAGCUGAAUAGACUCACUCAAUUAGGCCAAGUAAAGGCUAGCUUUGCGUACGGGUGCUCGUAACCAUUAUAACUACUAAAUUGCCUUGUCGCCGUUUUCGCCUCAUAUUCUACCGUUGUGAUAAUCAUAAGCAUCAUCGCAGGGUUGGUCAAUCCCCCCAACUACUUCUUCAAUCGUCCGCCAAACAGAUCAUCGGUCCUUGUUUCGACCUCUGCCUUGUUCACUCUCUUGCUUUCAAUAGCUUUUGCCGGUCGGUCGCGGCGACCGAGCUCAUGCGGCUUGUACCAGCCAAAGCAGUGAUGCUGGAGGCCACAGCUGGUCUUUGCCAUAUAGCCUUAACGUCCUUCUCUCUCUCCCACAUGUGGUGGUGGUAGUACCCUCCCUGUUACGUGCGUUGCGUCAUAUUGUCGCCGCCCUUGGCCUGUGAGUGUGAGCUAGCCUCUCUGGUCUUUCGUGCCUGUGUGUGCCUUCGCCUCCCUCCGACAGUUUCUGUCGUGGUGAGUGCAUCCGUGAGGAGCUUGCUGUUCCCGCCGGCGGCGCCAGUGGUAGCGGCGGCGGUGACGGCAGACAUCGUGGUGCUACUGCUCCCCCACACGCUCGCCUCGAAGUGUGCGCGCCUGCUUCCUUCCUUCAGUUUGACUGGCCGGGUACCAAAGGCGAGGGCCCAGUCUGUUCCUUCCAGUCAUCGGUGUAUGUUGUUGUGGGAGUAGCAGCGGCAGGAGCAGGCGAGUUUUGCGAGCUUCCGUCGGCAGUUGGCCGCGCGCAUCUUCAGACAAGAGACACUAAGUGAUAGAGACUAUUACAGUAUAGAUGAUAGUUGUAGAACAGUGGCACGCAUCGAACUUGUAUUCGAUACUGUGCUUUGCGAUGUGACGCACGUGAGCAUCAUUCUCGUAGCAUUUAGACGCAACAUAACACAAAAUCGGCAGCAGCAACACUAUAGAUAAGACGAAAAAACGCAACAAAAGGACUAGCCAGAAGAUUCAGAUGCUGCGACGCGGCCUCUACGAGUGCGAGUAGAAGACUGAACGGAUGCAGCCUAUACCUAAUUACCCUUGACAGCAACACAUCACAGACCCCACGGCAACUCAACUACUUUCGUAUUUCGUGCCACCCUCACGCAAUUACGCUGCUCCGUAAAAUCAUCAACAUUUAUGCAUAACAUCAACUAAACAAGAACUUUCGAGCUUCGUUAAUUCGCUGUUGCUGCCCUUCGAACAGUUUGAAUACGACACGUACGUACCGCUUACAGCUGACGAUGUUAACGGCGUUCUCGGUGCUGGAGUAGUACAGUUAGUGGUACCAAUGAAAUCGUUCCUGGAUCGACAGUAUUAUUACUCAACUCAGAAAGAAAGAAGGGAACUGUGGUGGUGAGAAGAUUACACCAACAAGUCUGUUGUCGGCGUGUCGGAGCGUUCCGUUCGUUGUAGAAGAUGCGCAACGAUACAAACAACAAGAUCAGAGCGACAGCUGACUGGAUCAUUUCUCUACAUGCUGCUGUAGUGUACAAGUUAAAAGAGAAAAUGGAUCGUAUUUGAUUGAAGAGGAGGGGUGUUAACAACAACGACAGUUCAGGACCGAAGAACAUCAAACUCUAUUUUAAUCAAAGAAAGAAGAUCUGAGCAAAGCAAGUCUUUUUUUUUUUAUUGCAGAACUGUAGGAAAACGUAUGUAGCAGGAACUCGGUAAUGACUUAGAGGAGUCUUCAAAUGUCUAGAAACCUGACAUAGUUUUCUGGCCAACGUUGGUGCUAGACGCUGGGUAACUGACUCAUCUUUGCAGUUGCUGUCAUUGUUUUGACGGAACGUCAAAAGUGUGGGUGUCUUCGUCACCAUCGUCAUUGUUCUUCAGGCUAGCCUAUGACAACAGCUUAUUCCGAUUCUUCAAAUUUGACUGAAUGCUGUCGAUAACGGUACAUGUUUAUGACUGAAUGUCGCAGCUGACGGCGUUAGAUGACCCGCCAGAAUGUGUCUAGUAUGUCUUAUUACGGUGUGGACGUUGUUGUAACAAAAUUGUGUUCGACACGUAACAAACCGCGUCUAUGCAACUGCGAGCCAGAGAGACUUUAGUGACAGCAAUAGCAGUGAAAACAAGAACAAUAAUAGGCUAAACAAGGCUCGAAACGGGAGCGAACCCCUCAACUGGCCAAAGCCUACUCUUAUUACUCUGAGCGAGAUAGUCCCGCCAGCAUAUCGAUUAUCAGGAAACACAACAUGAAGCUUUAACAAUGAUGCUAACAAAGCUUAUGAUACCUGAUGAGCUAUCCUCAAUUAGUUACUUGCCUCAGAACAACACCAGCAGCGAACAACUAUCAAAAAGUUAGACGUCGCCUCUUUACCAAGAUGGUGGUCAGUCCUUUCGAUAGUUAGAAUAGCAUGGUUAGAUAGUGCGCUUCGAAAAUGAAAUCCAAUUAGCAGAAGCAUCAACGGCCCCAGCUUCCGGUUCAUUUACAAUGUUCGCAUCGGCCACUGAUGAACUGGUCGAUGUAAAAAGAAAGCUUGAGAGAGGGGCGGACUAGGGGCAGAAGAGACGCAAAAAUUUUGGGUCUCGAAGUUGUUACCAUAAUCCCGAAGUGGUCUUUGUCGGUGCCUCCUAUCAAGCACAGCAGGUCGCUCAGAACGUCUGUUCGUGUUACCGCAGAUACGCAUAUACAGGCAGUUAUUACGACUUGUAUAAAGCAUUAAAGCUCCAUACAAUAGAUGAAUCCUAAUAUAGUAAUUGUAGUUAUUAGCGAAGUCUACUAGUGAGUCGUGGUGUCGCGCCUGUCCUGUCGAAAAGAGUAUUGUGACUGCUGACAGGUGCUCAACUUUCCCCAGCAUCUCAGAGAACUUGUCUUUAGAAAACCGCUUAGAAAAGAAGACGCGUGCGAAAGAGAGUAAAGCCAGGCACUGAUUAGCUUGGGAGCUCUACAGUUCUACAUUGAAUCAGUCCGCUUAUGUAAAAUGUAUGUAUUUUUUGUUUACCAAGUGAUGUGUGCAAAGUGGGCCCCUGGGUGCUGCGUAAGGCAGUGACGGUUUUAAGAAGUGUAGAAUCAGUCGUCAAGCUGGUGGUAGACUGAGUUGCUGAUGAAUCUUCCUAGCGAAAAGAGGAUCCGAGAACAGUUUGCCACAAAGUAUUUGUAACACAAAAAACAACCCCAGGAAACAUUGUAAUCGCGAUGGCAGGAUUGGCAGUGCGUACGAGGUCGUUGCCUUCCGGCCCACACAACGGGCCGCUAACGGGCAUCUCAGAAAUGGAGCAAAUCAUACGAAAACUAGAGAUCGGCAUUACCCUGAUUAAGUUCUUCCAAAAAGGACGGCCAGAUAAACGACGCUUUUUCGUUAAAAAUGAGACUCGUCAGCUUUUCUGGAGCAGAGAAGGCCAAGCAGGUCGCUACAUCGACGAAGGAUGCUUGGACCUCCGUGAGGUGAAAGAGAUCCGCGAGGGACCAAACUCCAAGCUGUUUGAGCGCUGGCCAGACGAUGCCAAACGAUGGGAUCCCAAAGCUUGCUUUGUCAUUCUCUACGGAAGCUCUUUCCGUUUAAAAUGCUUGUCGUGUGUUGCCACUUCCGUGGCGGACUGUGAGUUAUGGGUCCGCGGUCUGCGAUAUCUCGUCGAGGACACGGUGGGAGCACCUUAUCCGCUUCAAGUCGAACGUUGGCUAAGGAAAGAAUUCUAUACGAUGACAAAUUCGCGCGAAACUGUUUCGUUAAAAGAUCUCAAAGCGUUCUUACCCAGGAUCAACUGCAAGUUGUCCACAAGCAAGUUAAAGGAGUUAUUUCAAUUAGUGGACACGAAAGCACUUGGAGAGAUUGGAUAUGACGGCUUCGUCCAUUUCUACCACAGCCUCAUGAAUUCUGAUCGACUGCUUCCAGAAACACUUAAGAGCUGCGUCAACGACGACAACAAAAUCGUGACGGUUCGAUCGUUCUGCAACUUCUUGUUGACGGUUCAAAAGGAACCCAUUGAUGAUAAUCUCAUCUCUGCGCGAAUGCGUAACUUUCUUCAGGACGCUAGACGGGAGACCCAGGAACCGUACUUUACACAGCAGGAGUUUGUUGACUCUCUAUUCUCGAAGGAAAAUCAAAUUCUUGAUGUUACCAAAUGCGAACUCAACCAAGACAUGUCCAAGCCACUUACCCAUUAUUGGAUCUCAUCUAGUCACAAUACGUACUUAACUGGCGAUCAAGUGAAGAGUGAGUCGUCUUGUGAAGCGUACGUAAGGUGUCUUCGUAUGGGCUGUCGGUGUAUUGAGUUAGACUGCUGGGAUGGGCCCGAUGGAAUGCCCCACAUUUAUCACGGCCACACGUUAACCACGAAGAUCCGGUUUAUCGAUGUCCUACAUACAAUUAAGGAGCAUGCAUUCGCUGUAUCUGAGUUCCCGCUAAUCUUGUCUAUUGAGAAUCAUUGUACGUUACCACAACAGCGAAAAAUGGCAAACCAGUUCCAAGAAGUGUUCAAAGACAUGCUUCUAACUCAGCCGAUUGAACGAGAUUCUCGCGAGAUGCCCUCACCUCAGCAAUUGCGAAGGAAAAUUAUUAUCAAGCAUAAAAAACUUCCGGAAGGUAGUGACGAAAAGUUUGUUGUGACUCGGGAAGACUCGAUCGGACCUCAGGAGACAGAUAUAUCCAACUCGGUGAAGAACGGCAUCCUUUAUCUCGAGGACCCGAUAGAAAAAGAGUGGAAAUCGCAUUUUUUUAUGCUCACCCAGAGUAAAAUGUACUAUGCGGUCGAAGAGCAAAUUUCCCCGUCGCCCGGCGAAGAGGAAGACGAUAGCGAUAAGGAGUCUGUGCAGGCGACAGGACAAGCUAGAGAGGGGGUCACUUCAGAUGAACUCCACUUUGGGGAAAAGUGGUUCCAUGGCAAACUAUCAGGAGGUCGAGCGCGGGCGGCUGAGUUACUUCAGCAGUUUUCUAACCUAGGAGAUGGCACGUUCCUUGUAAGAGAAUCUGACACGUUUGUGGGAGACUACUCAUUGUCUUUCUGGAGACAGGGCAAAGUAAACCAUUGUCGGAUUCGUACUAAACAAGAGCGUGGUCAAACGAAAUACUACCUUAUCGAUAGUGUGUGCUUCGAUACGCUCUACUCGCUCGUAACUCACUACCAGACACAUCCUUUACGUUCUCAAGAGUUCUAUAUGUACCUCACCGAACCUGUACCUCAACCGAAUAGCCAUGAGGGUAAAGAGUGGUACAGUGCGACAAUUAGCAAAUAUAAAACGGAAGAAUUACUCAGAAAGGCUCCAUUCGACGGUUGUUUCAUCGUUAGGCCAUCCGAAAACAAAGCAGACAACUGCUUCGCGUUGUCAUUUAGAGCGGACGGAGGGAUCAAGCAUUGCCGAAUUCGUCAAGAAGGCCGACUAUUCAUACUGGGCAAUGCGCACUUCGAAAGUCUCGCCGACCUGAUUGCCCACUUUGAAAAACACACCCUGUAUAAGGGCAUCACGCUUAAUCGAUUCCCCGUCUGCGAUAGUGGAUUAAACCGGCUUUCAGACGAUGCUACUAAUUUAAGCUCGAUGCAAUCAGACCUCGGCCAGUAUAUGGAUCCAAACCACUUUAAGAACCAAAUCACCGUAAAGGCCCUCUACGAUUAUAGGGCGCAAAAGUCAGACGAACUAUCGUUUCCAAAGCACGCUAUCAUUACGAACGUCGUCAAGCAAGAUGGCGGUUGGUGGAAAGGCGAUUACGGUGGAAAAAAGGAACAGUAUUUUCCGGCAAACUUCGUUACUGAGGUGAGCGCAAGUGACGUGGCAUUAGAGAACGCGAGCGGCGCUGGCGGCGAGGGCGACGAUGGAGAACUGGCCCCACUUGGAACUUUGCAAAAGGGCUGUAUCGAUAUUGCAGGCUGUUCUGUGGAAGUCCUUCAAAAUCGUGGCAGAUUUGUAUUCCGAAUAACGUCACCGACUCAGUCAAUGCAAAAAGACAUCGCAGCGCCAUCAGCAGAAGAAAUGGAAGAGUGGAUUAACAAGAUUCGCCAAAUCGCUCAGUCCGCUAAUGAUAUGUUGGAACAGCGGAAGGAGAUGGAGCGCAGUCUUCGAUUGGCCAAAGAAUUAUCAAAUCUAAUUAUCUACUGCCGAUCAGUCCAAUGGUGCCCCGAACGAGCCGGGAACUUCUGUGAGAUGUCUUCAUUUCCCGAAACGAAGGCUGAACGUUUACUUCUUCCAGGCCACGUAAACUUCUUCAUGCGUUAUCAUCGACUACAAUUCAGUCGAGUGUAUCCGAAGGGCAGUCGAAUCGAUUCUUCCAAUUACGACCCUGUGCGAUUGUGGAAUGCUGGCGUACAAAUGGUGGCGCUUAACUACCAGACACCAGAUCGACCGAUGCAAUUAAAUGAGGCUCGAUUUAUUCAGAAUGGACGAUGCGGCUAUGUGCUUCGGCCAGAGUACAUGUUUCAGGACAAUUUCGACCCAUACGAUCGGAAGAGCCUUCCUGCCAACGUGAAAGCGUGCGUGCUCAGCAUAAGGAUCAUCGGAGCCCGUCAUCUGAUGAAGUCCGGCCGGGGUAUUGUUAGUCCUUACAUUGAAGUUGAAGUCAUUGGCGCCGAUUAUGACUGUGCCAAGCAAAAGACAGUUACAAUAUCGGAUAAUGGCCUGAAUCCAUCGUGGUCAAACGAGCACUUCGUGUUUGACGUCAUGAAUCCUGAAUUGGCCCUUCUGCGAUUCGCAAUAUUUGAUGAGGACAUGUUUGGAGAACCAAAUUUUCUUGGCCAUGCAACGUAUCCGCUGUUGUGUCUACGACCAGGUUAUAGAUCGGUUCCGCUCAAGAACGAAUACAGCGAAUCACUAGAACUUGCCUCGCUUCUUGUACAUUUUAACAUGAGUCUGGCAAAGCCCGAGGACGAGGUAUACGCGUCGAUCCAAAAACUUAGAGAUGAAACCCGUGAACUCGAUGCCCUUGUUAGUUCGGGUAAUUCGGACGGGACCCUUGACGCCGAAACAGAACAACAGUUACGCAGUGCCCUAUUAGAAAAAAAGGAACAACUUCAGACCAAAACUGACAACAGAAGCUCGAAAAGAAAGUGAAUGGCGGCUGUUAGAGCUCCAGAACUCGGUCACCUCGAAAUAACACAAAACGGGGCGCGACAUGCGUAAAAAGCGUGCACGAUUUUAACCCCAUUUGUCCUACAGAAGAAACGGACAACAAUCUAAUUGUUGUUAGUCAGGUCUGCAUAGGGAUAGAAAAAUAUCCGAACUCUGAUCCUGAACAGUGUUAAUGCCGUUUAUUCAGUAGCAAAAAUAACGACGUCCUGGAGUCUACAUACGGCAUCUAACCCUUCAAGUAAAGUAACUAUACGCCCGUGUACGAAGGAGCUAGAGCAGCCCAUAUAUGUACCUUCAUUAUCAAAUACGAAAACGCUUAUCCAAUAACUAGCCAUUGCCAACUGGGCGGUUACUUUCGCAGCAGUCUACAGCUCAUAACGCCCCACAAAAUCACGGAUAUUAACAAUAGUUGAAAUACGUCUGAUGCACAGACUCUAAGCGGACAAAUACGUACAACAAGGUAAAGAGCGACGUUCCCUACGGAUAAGCACACGAGGUGCUGCGAAUACUCAAUGAGCACUACGAGGUAUCUUGGAUAGACGAUUUUGUAUCGUGAGCGCAUUAGCAGUUAGAACCUAAAUAUGAAGAGAGAAAAUUCGAUGAAGAUCUGCAUCAGGGAGGCAGCAAUUUGUAUAUGCAUCUUAGGUAGAAUUAGCAAACAGACAAUCGAAUUAUUAUUGUUAUAACAAAACGGAGGAAAUUAGAACGACUGAGAAUAGGGAUAAAAGGUUAGCGACGAAGCCUCGUAAUACAUUGAGACGUGCCAAUGACGACUGUUAUUAUUACAUACAUAUUAUUGCUAUUGUGCAGCGCUUUAACGUUCAGGGUAUUAUGGCCGCUAUCAAUGACCACGUAUUCCUAUGUUUUUCUUUGCUUGCCGAAGAGUCGAUCAUACAGACAUAAGUUUAUAUCCCGUCUAGCUUCAUUGUCGAGGAACAAAUUUCGUUGUAUACUCUUCGUCGACAAUCAUUGAGACAAAGUGAAUGGCGUACGAAACGAGGAUCGACAGCGAGCCAGUACUUCAGUAUGUCUUAAAGCCAUAUGUAUAGGUAAUCAAUCGAAAAAUUCGUGAGAUACACACGGAUAAACUUGCACAUCUAAACCAGAUAGGAAAUAGAUUGUUGUGCGAUAGCAAUGGUGCCAAAUAUUAUUGCUACGAAACAUUAGAACAACAAACAGGAGAUAAAAGUGAAGCAGAAGUAAACAAAUAGAUAUAAGUACUAUGUUAAAGAUGCGAACUUUUGACAUGGCAAACAAUGUUCGAUAGUAUGCGAACGAUCCGAUUUGAAUAAGGCGUUCGUGCUUACAAAGGUAUUUUUCUAUCUUUUUCAAAUUUGGUUGUUUGCAACGGUCCUUGUGCUAAUGUUCAUAUCAUUUUGGGAACGCAUCAGUGAUGCUACCCAAUGAUCGUGCUAUUGACUCGAAGAAAAAUGAAAUCAGAUAGUAGAGUUUCUAUAAGCAAGACGUCCAGUUGACCUCAACUCGACAAUUGAAGCAGCAGUGGCGACAAGCAGACGACAAAAUCUGUAGUCAUCGACCAUAUAUUGACAUAAGGGUAUGUACGUCUCUAUAUAUAUAUAUAUAUAUAUAUUAUAAGUGCACGGUUUAUACCUAUUAAUUCAAUGGAUUCGAAGUAACCAUACUGUGUCAUGUGUGAGCGAUAUUAUCAUACGAUUUAGAUCAUCUUGAAUUCGGCGACAAUAUAAAUAGUGAUAUUUUGUCGAAAAUGAAAAACACUUUGCCCUCUGCCUUCAUUGAAGUUUCAGCUGAUAUUAAUCGCUGUUAAUUAGUGCUAUGUUGUGUCAAAAUGUUGCCUAAGAAGAAUCGCGACGACCCCUUCAGAUCUAUCCUCAGUUUAUUGGUUCUUUAGAUCUGUUUCAGUGAUAGACAGUCCGCAUUCAAUGAUAAGCCUAAGUCGCUGAAGCCAUGUUGAAACGCCGAUUUCACUUAUUGUUAAUGAUUCUGUUAUGAGAACGUUACAAUGAAGCUUCUAUAAAAUUGCUAUGAAACAUAUUCUACCUUGAGAUUUUUUCGAGUGGUUGAAGAAUCCCUGUGAUUGAUUUUUAUGGCAUCUAUUCAGUUAAACCGGCGGAAUCCACAAUGUUGGCAAAAAAAAAAAAAGAUCUGCUGAAUUGAUGAUCGAUAUGCCCUUAUUGAUCAUACCAUUUCCAAAUUAGCGCAGUGAACACUAGUGAAUGUAAGAAAGGUCUGAUGGAUAUGACUGCUGAUACAUACAAAUUGGUUGUGUAUAAUGCUAAACAUUUUAGUUCAACCUUACAAGCUCAAUUUUUGUUCUUGUCAUAGUGCAUAUGGCGUUCUUCGCUAGUACAUUUUAAUUGCGUCUGUUAAGAACAAAUGACUAUGGUGCUAAAAGUACGAGACCAAGGACAAACGUUAAAUAAAGCAUGAAAAUGUA